GGACAGAGAGACUCAGGGGGCGGGUGGGGGUGCAAGGAAAUCUCUUGGCGGAGUCUGAAGCAAGCAGCAGAGGGCAGAGGGAAGUCUGCAGGAGAGAAAUCCCCUUCAGCGUCCCAGACAACAGAAGCAGCAUCUCCAACCUGCUGGAAAGAUCUGUGAGCAUCUUUCAGCCCUUCUCACCCACCGAGCCUCCAGCCAGAAACACAGGGUACUUGCUGGGUUGGUGGCAGAGCUGGUAUCAAGAAGCUGGUACUCUCAGGCCCCUGUGCCCAUCUUCUCUCCAUACUCCAGCAUGGAGGAAGGUGAUUUUGACAACUACUAUGGGGCAGACAACCAGUCUGAGUGCGAGUACACAGACUGGAAGUCCUCAGGGGCUCUCAUCCCCGCCAUCUACAUCCUGGUGUUCCUUUUGGGCACCACAGGCAACGGCCUGGUGCUCUGGACCGUGUUUCGGAGCAGCCGUGAGAAAAGACGUUCCGCGGACAUCUUCAUCGCCAGCCUAGCAGUGGCCGAUCUGACCUUCGUGGUGACCUUGCCCCUGUGGGCCACCUAUACCUACCGGGAUUUUGACUGGCCCUUCGGGACCUUCUCCUGCAAGCUCAGCAGCUACCUCAUCUUCGUCAACAUGUACGCCAGCGUCUUCUGCCUCACCGGGCUCAGUUUUGAUCGCUACCUGGCCAUUGUGAGGCCCGUGGCCAACGCGCGACUGAGGCUGCGCGUCAGCGGGGCCGUGGCCACGGCCGUUCUGUGGGUGCUGGCUGCCCUCCUGGCUGUGCCUGUCAUGGUGUUCCGUACCACGGGGGACAUGGACAACAGUACCAAGGUACAGUGCUACAUGGACUACUCCCUGGUGGCCACCACCAGCUCAGAGUGGGCCUGGGAGGUGGGCCUGGGGAUCUCAUCCACUGCCGUGGGCUUUGUGAUUCCCUUCACCAUCAUGCUGACCUGCUACUUCUUCAUCGCCCAAACCAUCGCGGGGCACUUCCGCAAGGAGCGCAUCGACGGCCUUCGCAAGCGCCGGCGGCUGCUCAGCAUCAUCGUGGUGCUGGUGGUGACCUUCGCCCUGUGCUGGAUGCCUUACCACCUGGUCAAGACUCUGUACAUGCUGGGCAGCCUGCUCCACUGGCCUUGUGACUUUGACAUAUUCCUCAUGAACGUCUACCCCUACUGCACCUGCAUCAGCUAUGUGAACAGCUGCCUCAACCCCUUCCUCUAUGCCUUCUUUGACCCCCGCUUCCGCCAGGUGUGCACCUCCAUGCUCUGCUGUGAUCAGACUGGGUGUGGGGGCCCCUCUCACAGCAGCAGUGGGGACAAGUCAGCCAGCUACUCUUCAGGGCACAGCCAGGGACCCGGCCCCAAUAUGGGGAAGGGUGGGGAGCAAAUGCACGAGAAAUCCAUCCCCUACAGCCAAGAGACUCUUGUGGUAGAUUAGAGCUGAGAUCUGAGAGAAAUCAGGUGACCUGGGUCUGCUCCAGCCUUUACCUCUGCUCUCUGAGAAUUAGGGAGCAGCGACUACACCUUUGCAUUUCACCCCUUUCCUUUCCCUGUCCUUUGCCUCCUGGCUCUGUCCUGUUUUUCCAUUACUCCUUUGUUCUUUCACAGAGAGAGAGAGAGACAGACAGACAG